CUCUGUCUCUGUGUCAAUGCAGUGUUUAAUCGGUCAAAUGACACCAAUCUGAAACCGAGAAAAAUCCAAUCUUUCUUUUAUUCUCCCUUUAUCUCUGUUUCAUAUAAAGUCUUUAAAACAUCGAUCAUCAAUCAAUCAUCAUCUGAAUCCUCUCCAAGUGUGUCGUGGGGGUUUUUUGGGUUUUGAGUUGAUGGUGAAACUCGGUCUCUCCGGGGCAUUAGAGUUGUGUUCUGUAGUGAAGAGUUGAUUCUCUCUUGAGGAAGGAACACUCAUGGGUUGCAUCAUCUCCAAGAAGAAGAGACGCCAUCAUCAUCAUCAUCAUCAACAACAAAGGAAGGAAUCAUCAGAGAAGCAAAGUUGUUCAUCGAGGAGGAUCGAUGAUUCUAGCCAAAGCAAAGAGGAGCAAGAAGAUAGGCCGAGCUGCAGAGACGCCAAAGUUGAGUUCGGUUCAAGUAGGUUUUCUGAGAAGCAUCCGGAGAUUUCAGAGAUUGGUGACACGGAUGAAGACGAAGACGAAGAAGAUACAACUCCACAUGAGGAACUAAAGAGAGACACUACUAGCGUUGAAGCACAAGUGGCUGCAGGAUGGCCUGCUUGGCUAGUCUCCGUGGCCGGUGAAGCACUUGUGGAUUGGGCCCCACGACGUGCUAGUACCUUUGAGAAACUCGAGAAAAUUGGUCAAGGCACUUAUAGCAGUGUAUACAAGGCUCGUGAUCUUAUUAACAACAAGAUCGUUGCACUUAAAAGAGUCCGGUUUGAUCUCAGCGAUUUAGAGAGUGUUAAGUUUAUGGCUAGAGAGAUUAUUGUUAUGAGAAGGCUUGAUCAUCCUAAUGUACUUAAGUUAGAAGGCUUGAUCACUGCCUCUGUUUCAUCUUCUCUUUACUUGGUUUUCGAGUAUAUGGAUCAUGAUCUAGUUGGACUUGCUUCAUUACCCGGUUUCAAGUUCUCUGAGCCUCAGGUUAAAUGUUACAUGAAACAGCUUCUAAGCGGGCUUCACCAUUGUCACAGCCGAGGUGUCCUGCAUCGUGAUAUAAAGGGAUCGAAUCUACUGAUCGAUAGUAAUGGAGUCUUGAAGAUAGCGGAUUUCGGUUUAGCUACGUUUUUCGACCCGGAGAACCGGGUUCCACUGACUAGUCGUGUUGUGACUCUUUGGUAUCGACCACCAGAGCUUCUUCUUGGAGCUUGUCAUUACGGUGUUGGUGUUGAUUUGUGGAGCACAGGAUGUAUCUUAGGUGAACUAUACUCCGGAAAACCGAUCCUCCCGGGGAAAACAGAGGUGGAGCAACUGCAUAAAAUAUUUAAGCUAUGUGGUUCACCAACAGAAGAUUACUGGAGGAAACUGAAGCUACCACCUUCAGCUGCGUUUAGACCUGCCCAUCCUUAUGGACGACGUGUAGCAGAUAUGUUCAAGGACUUGCCUACCAGUGUUCUUUCCCUUUUGGAGGCUUUACUCUCCAUAGAUCCGGAUCGGAGAGGCUCUGCAGCUAGAGCUCUUGACAGUGAGUACUUUAGAACACAGCCGUUAGCUUGUGAUCCAUCUUCUCUACCAAAAUAUCCUCCAAGCAAAGAGAUUGAUGCAAAACUCCGCGAAGAUGCAAAGAGACAACAACAACAACGUCCCGCACAGGAGAAGCAUGAAAGACAAGACUCUCAGACAAGACGAUCACACGAGAGGAAACUUAUCCCGCCUGUAAAAAAAGCUAAUCCAUCACUCACAGCGGCUAUGGAGAAUCCUUAUCUAAGAACGUGUGUGCUGGGUAAUUCAACAAGACAAAUGCAUAUUACAAAGGAGAUGACCAGCAACAAUACAACGAGUGGAAGAGUCUCACACUCUGGUCCGAUGAUGAAAAACAGGAAUCAUGGUCGGUUAACACACGCCAAGGACAAUGCAAUCCCUUGUUCAUACAGAGGAGGAGGACAAAGUAUGGUAGGCACAGCUGGCUCGAAUCAAGUCAUCAUGGAUCAGCAAAGGGAGAACUUGAGAACAUUCAACAGGGCUGACACUAUGGGUAAUAGUAAGAGGCAAAUCAGAAUCCCAAAUGACCAAUCUUGGUAUGAUUCUGAGGAAAACAAAAUGUACAUGUCGGGACCAUUGCUGGCUCAGCCAAGUAAAGUUGAUCAGAUGCUGGAAGAACAUGACCGGCAACUCCAGGAAUUCACCAGGCAGAAGGCAAAACAAUCCAGAAACUGAAUCAUGUGUCUGAAAUGAUUUGGUUUAUUUGGCUGGAUAGGACAAAAACAGAACCAGUUUUGAGUCUUUUUUUUGUAUCAAAGAAGAGUCUGAUGAUAAGCUUUUAUCUGAUUCCUAGAUUUUGAAAAAAGUAAUUAUAAUAGAUAUUUAAGAUUGUUGGCUUUAUAAAAAAGCACAGCUCUGUGAUUACAUAGAUGUGUAUAACAUUUAUACACUCAUCAUAGAGUUCGAUCUUUGUGUAUACUUUUUUUUGGUCAAGAUCUUUGUGUAUACAUGCAUGUACAUUUCUCAUAUACUAUGUACAACAACAUACAAACUUUUCUACUGCUAUA